AUGAACCCGGCAGUCAUGAAUCGUUGGAGGAGAGAAAGAGCAAAGGAAAGAGCGCCUAUGUACAAGGUGCCAGUCACUGCGGAUGGACCAGACGCCAAUGACGAUGAUGCAGACUCUGAAUAUCGUCCAAUAAGAAGAUGGCGAUCACAGAGGAGCGAAUAUCGUAUAUCAGAAAGGUACGAGAGACGAAGCCAGAGUCAGAAGCAGCAGAGGAUGUUGAUUCGGGUGGUCGACUGUCCACCUAUGCCAGCCUAUACCCAAUCUUAUCACCCUCUGGACCAAUGCUCCGAUCAGAUUGGACUUCUAGAACGAGUAACUACCUGGCCCGAAUCAAAAAAUUAUGGAGAUUUACUAAAUUUCAAGCUUGUUGUAAGGUCGCUCAGCGAGCACCCAGAAUAUUCUGCGUUAUCUUACGCAUGGGGAGAGGAAACCUCGAUAGGUUACAUAUUAAUUAACGGCAGCCUAGUUGAGGCGCGAGCGAAUCUAGUAACCUCCUUGGAAGAUAUUCGCCCAAUGACUGCCUAUUUGUGGGUUGACACCUUAUGUAUCAGUCAAGAUGAUGUCAAUGAGCGGAACCACCAAGUAAUGCAAAUGGGCAGUGAUUAUAAACAGGCAAGUGAAGCUAUAGUGUGGUUAGGGGGUGAGGCUGAUCGCAUGUUUGGGCAUGAUGUAGAGACUGAGAUGCCCGGCAUUGGGCUCUGUUUCAACAAAAAGUUGGCUUCAUUGCAAAAAGGUCCAAUGGAGAAACCAUUCGGAGCAGGUGUUACCGCUGAGAUUGAUAGGCUUCUUGCCGGCGCAGAAAUUUAUUCACUUGCAUUGAGUUGGGAUAGAAAGCUUAAGAUAAAAGUUAUCGAAGCUAUCCUAGAGAGUGCACCCGCAAAACUUGACCAACUCCGAGAGACUGGCAAUCAAAGAUGUCCUUUCAAAGUAUUGCUAGAAAUGUUCUCGAGAUCCGAAUGCCAAGUCCAAGCCGAUAAAAUAUAUGGUCUUCUAGGAAUAGUUAUUAAGUGCUAUACCCGGGCGCGAUUUUCAGAAUCGUCGCCACUCGACAUCAUCAGGCUCAGUCACAGUUUAAAGCUUGCAUUAGAUGGUUCUAUUCCAGCGCUUGUAAUGGCUUUGAAGUGGCGCGACACAAACCCCGAAGGACCAGGCAAACAUGACCUCUCCCAAAAAUUGAAAGCAGACUCACCGGAAAUCAAAAGGGCAUGGAAGAAACUUUCAAGCAAAUUCCGAGAUAUGGAUCUCGGUGGCAAGAAAAGCUCAGAGCGCUUCGACGACAAAGUGCACGAAUUAAAUCUUUUCAUAUCUAGCACAGGAGAAUUUGGCAUUGCCUCAGUUAGAGUCCAAGAGGUCGAUUUCAUCUGUCGUCUCAAAGACACUGAAAUCUCACUGAUCAUUCGUCAAAAAGGCGAUCAUUACCCACUUGUCAGUGUAGUAGUCGUUUCAUCCUCUGUAAGCGAUGUAAUGGAAUUUGGAGGACUCACCAAAAGUAAGAAGGACGAUACCCUCGAUCUCCCACUUGAUUCAUUGACACUACAGGCACUGACAUGCCCGAUUGAGCCCGAUGAAGCAGAUUUAUACUGGGACUGGCUUACGAUGGAAGAUGCGAUCCACAAAUUGGUGACGAAUGAUACGACAAAGAAAGAUUCCUCCCAGCAUUUCUGGUUCAAACCCAUUGUUAUUCAGUGA